AUGAUAUUACAACAUACAAUAAAUUCGAUACGGCUGCUGGCAGCCGCUUGUCUUAUACCUUUGAUUACGAUAACAUUUUUAACAGAUACUGUCAAAGGUUCCAAUUCAAAAAGUGAAGAUUGGUCAAAUGCAUAUAACCAACAUUUUUACUCAGACUUAACGGGAACAAUACGGGAAUUAACAUCGAAUGAUAAUAAUGAUUACACAGAUACACGUUUUCAACCUCCACUUGAUACUAAUAAUAAAAAAGCACAACCAAUAGCUGAAGGUUUACUUGUAGCAAGUGCUGACAUAAUUGCUCCUAGUAUAUCUAUAUCACUUAGUAAAGAAACAUCACAUGAACGUCAUAAACGUGAAGGAGUUGUGGAAAAUUCAUCGAUACCUACUGUUUCAUUGCCAUCAAUUAAUACUGAACAAAUAUUGCCUGGAUUAUCAAAUAAUGCCGCCGAUAAUGAACCAAUUAUGAAUGAUGCAGAUUCAAAUUUAUGGGCUCGUGUUUUAUCUUUAUCAACUGUUUUGGAUGGUAGUGGAAACGAACCUGAAACUACAUCAGGAACAGAGGCGACAGAAUCUACACCAGUUGCACCGACAACUAUUGAACUGACUACAAUUGAAACUACUCCCUAUUCAAUAAUAGAAUCUUAUAGUACUGAAGGAGAAUACACUAGUAUUGGUACUGAACAAACAUCAUUCACUUCCGUAUCAUCAGAGACUGCUACAAUAACUUCAUUCCAAAGUAUACAAACAGAAGAAACGAUUCUCACAGAUACAGCAACACCUAUUACAUCAUCAGCUGUUACAGAAAAUGUAACCGAAACUGUUGUUACAGAAACAAGCCCUGUAAUUGAAACAGAAACUGCAACAACAUCUGAAAUGGUAACUGAAUCAACUACUGAACAACAAAUAGUAACCGUAACCGAAGGAUCAACUGGUGAAGUCUCUUCAACAGAAACAACUCCUGUAACUGAAACAGAAACUGCAGCAACAUCUGAAAUAGUCACUGAAUCAACUACUGAAUCGCAGACAGUUAUUUCAACCGAAGGGCCUACUAUCGUUCAAGUUUCUUCAACAGAAAUAAGUCCUGUAACUGAAACAGAAACAGCAGCAACAUCCGAAAUUGUGACUGAAUCUACUACUGAAUCUCAGACAGUUAUUUCGACCGAAGGGCCUACUAUCGGCCAAGUUUCUUCAACAGAAACAAGUCCUGUAAUUGAAACAGAAACUGCAACAACAUCUGAAAUGGUAACUGAAUCAACUACUGAAUCUCAGACAGUUAUUUCAACCGAAGGGCCUACUAUCGGUCAAGUUUCUUCAACAGAAAUAAGUCCUGUAACUGCAACAGAAACAGCAGCAACAUCUGAAAUGGUGACUGAAUCGACUACUGAACAACAAAUAGUCACCGUAACCGAAGGAUCUACUGGUGAAGUCUCUUCAACAGAAACAACUCCUGUAAUUGAAACAGAAACUGCAGUAACAUCUGAAAUGGUGACUGAACCGACUACUGAACAACAAAUAGUCACCGUAACCGAAGGAUCUACUGGUGAAGCUUCUUCAACAGAAACAAGUCCUGUAACUGAAACAGAAACUGCAGCAACAUCUGAAAUAGUGACUGAAUCAACUACUGAAUCUCAGACAGUUAUUUCGACCGAAGGGCCUACUAUCGGUCAAGUUUCUUCAACAGAAAUAAGUCCUGUAACUGAAACAGAAACUGCAGCAACAUCCGAAAUGGUGACUGAAUCGACUACUGAACAACAAAUAGUCAUCGUAACCGAAGGAUCUACUGGUGAAGUCUCUUCCACAGAAACAAGUCCUGUCACCGAAACAGAAACUGCAGCAACAUCUGAAAUAGUAACUGAAUUAACUACUGAAUCUCAGACAGUUAUUUCGACCGAAGGACCUACUAUCGUUCAAGUUUCUUCAACAGAAAUAAGUCCUGUAACUGAAACAGAAACAGCAGCAACAUCCGAAAUGGUGACUGAAUCUACUACUGAACAACAAAUAGUCACCAUCACUGAAGGAUCUACUGGUGAAGUUUCUUCAACAGAAACAAGUCCUGUAACUGAAACAGAAACUGCAGCAACAUCUGAAAUAGUGACUGAAUCCACUACUGAAUCGCAAACAGUUAUUUCAACCGAAGGGCCUACUAUCGGUCAAGUUUCUUCAACAGAAACAAGUCCUGUAACUGAAACAGAAACUGCAGCAACAUCUGAAAUAGUGACUGAAUCCAGUACUGAAUCUCAGACAGUUAUUUCAACCGAAGGGCCUACUAUCGGUGAAGUCUCUUCAACAGAAACAACUCCUGUAACUGAAACCGAAACUGCAGCAACAUCCGAAAUGGUGACUGAAUCGACUACUGAACAGCAAAUAGUCACCAUCACUGAAGGAUCUACUGGUGAAGUCUCUUCAAUAGAAACAACCCCUGUAACUGAAACAGAAACUGCAGCAACAUCUGAAAUAUUGACUGAAUCCACUACUGAAUCGCAAACAGUUAUUUCGACCGAAGGAACUACUAUCAGUCAAAUCUCUUCAACAGAAACAAGUCAAGAACAAUCGACAACAGGAGAAACAGAGACAGAAUCGGUUAGUCCAACAGAGGCAUUGGUAACUUUAUCGUCAACUGAAAGUUCUACUAUAACAUCUUCGGAAACUGGAACUGUUUCAAGUAUUUCGGAAAGUACUACCGAAAUAUCCUCACUGGAAACAAUGUCUGUAUCUGCUGCAAGUAUUUCAGAAAUAACCACUCAAGCACCAACUGAAACGGAGGCAGCAACUGUUUCUAUUGAAACAACAACUAUUUCCGAAAUAGAAUCCAGUAUAACUUCAACUACUCCUGUUCAAAGCACAAGUGAAACAUCUUUAUCGAUUACAACUACCGAAGGAAUGGAAACAAUGUCUACGUCUGAAUCGGAAUCUACAUUAAGUACAGAAUCAUCAACUGUAUAUCCAUCGAGUACAGUCAGUCAAUCGUCAGUGGAGACUUCAGAAUCCACUACAGAAUCGACUACUCUAACUGUUCAAACCGUUACCGAAAGUAUUUCAUCAACAGAGACGACUGAAACCACUGGAAUAUAUUCAGUGUCUGAAUCUGAAAUGACUUCAUCAUCAUCAACAUUAUCUACGAUUACUAUUACUGAGACUAGCAGCUCGGCUACUCUUUCAACUGAGCUAGUAACUGAAGCGAUUUUGACAUCCGAAACAAGUUCAUCAUCAUCAUCGACUACAUUAAGCUCUGAGAGUUCUGCUCAAACCUUGGAAAGCACUGAAAGAACAAGCUUAGCUACAGAAACAGAAUCCGAAACAUCAUCAACGGCAACAACAACUGAAACUGGUACUUUUACUGAAUCUACAAUUACAGCAAGCUCUACUGAAAUAACAACUGAAAGUCCUGAAAAUCCUACAUCAUUUUUUCUUUAUUUUAACUAUAUAUCUUCCGGUUCACGAUUUCGUCGAGCGAUUCCUAUUGACUCACCACGAUCAUCUACUAUUGAAAAUGAAGUAGCUAACAUUUUAUUUGGAAUGAAUAUAACUUGUAACGAUACAUGUAUACGAGUGAGCCAAACUAGUGUAGUACCUCCUGAUGUUGAAUAUUUGGUUCAAUUAAAUGUACCACUCGAUAUUCCGGAACGUAUAGAACUUGUGAAUGGUUUUUUUGCGAAUAAUGUUAGUUUAAAUGAUAGUUAUAGAUUGACUGUAAGAAUAAUUAUGAAUGAUAGAACUGGAGAACUUUUAAAUUUUACAACAUUCACACCAGCAUGUAAAGAAUGUGAAUUUGCUUUUACAGGAAAUUGUACUAGUGAUAAUAAUGGUUGUGUAUGCAACCCCAAUUAUGAAGGACAAUACUGUCGAAAUUUAGUUCAAGCAACAACAAUUUAUUUACCAACAUCCAUCACUAUUUCAACAUUAUCAAGUAUUGCUCCGACUAGUACAAUUAGUACGAUACAAGCUUCAGUCACAUUAACAACAUCGACUAUAACAGAGAGCGAACUCUCUACCAGUUAUUCGACAUUCACUCCCGUCACUAUAACUACUGAAACAGGCGGUACAGAAACAGAAUCAAUAACUACAACAAGUCUUUCAACUGAAAGUGUACUAACUUCAGAAAGUAUGACAUCAGAAACAUUCUUAAGUACAAGUUCAAUAGUCACUAACACUUUAUCCUCGAGUACAACGACAGAGUCAAUAACACAAGAACAGACUAUUGAAGCGACAACAACAGUAUCAGCUGCAACUGUAGAAAUAACAAGUUCACCUGUCUCGAUCACAGCGAGUACAACGACAGAAUCAAUAACACAAGAACAGACUAUUGAAGCGACAACAACAGUAUCAGCUGCAACUGUAGAAAUAACAAGUUCACCUGUCUCAAUCACAACGAGUGCAACGACAGAAUCAAUAACACAAGAACAGACUAUUGAAGCGACAACAACAACUAUUGAAGCGACAACAACAGUAUCAGCUGCAACCGUAGAAAUAACAAGUUCACCUGUCUCGAUCACAGCGAGUACAACGACAGAAUCAAUAACACAAGAACAGACUAUUGAAGCGACAACAACGGUAUCAGCUGCAACCGUCGAAAUAACAAGUUCGCCUGCCUCAAUCACAACGAGUACAACAGCAGCAACUCAAACAUAUGAAAGUACAACAUUAACUAUGACGGCAGAAACUGCUGGAUCAACAAUAACACAAACGACAGAAGCCAUAUCUUCAACAGAGGUUACAGUAACACAAGUUACUGGUUCAACUACAAUAGAAACUAUUAGCACAAGAAUCACUCCGACAACCAUCAUAACAACAGAAAUGGAAACAGUAGCAAGUACAACAUCAACAGAAACAUCAUCUAUACAAAGUGCAACAUCCACUCCCAUAACCUUGUCAACAGCAGAAACACAAACAGGUCAAAGUACAACAAUUGUCAGUUCAAGUACUGCAACUACAACUCCUAGCUCUAUUCAGACAGAAACAGUUGAAAUAACAACGGCAGGCAUAGGAACGACCGUGUCAACAUCCACGCCCAUGACUGUGAUAACAACAACAACAGUAACAGAGAUAGUUUCAACGUUAACUGUCAGUGAAGGAACAGCAAGCUCGAGUAAUGUACCGACAAGUGUUACAGCAAUAGAAACAACUGUAGUUAGCAGUCCAACAACAGUGACAGUCGAAAUUUCGACUUUGAUGGUGACUACAGAAACAACUAGCUCCAUAACUAGUACAAGCUCAUUUACUACUGCAUCAACAAUAGUUAUAGCUACUACAACACAAAUGACUACUAUAACUAGCACAUCAACAACAACGACUAUUUCAACUACUACAACCUCAGCACCACAAGUCUGCAUGUGGACAGAUCGGGUUAUAAUCAGUCCCUGCUCCGCUACAUGUGGAGAAGCGUUUCGAUUGACGAGUCGAUCAUGUGUAAAUUCGAUAACUGGUCAGAAUUGUAGCAGUCUUGCAUGCGGUACCGAAAGUGCAAUACAAAAUGAAUCUUGUUCUGCUUCUCCACCUUGUGAAAAAUGUAUUUUUUUUGAACAACAUUAUAAUCGUAUUUGGGUUACAAAUAAAGGUUACAUCAGUUUCGGUUUACCUUUUUACAGUCGAACAAUGACACGUUUUGCAUUCUUUCAACUAUUCGAUCAGGCAAUUGCAGCUCCAUUUUGGGCUGAUCUUGAUUAUUAUACUAACAAUUCUAGCAUCACAAUUGACUGGUAUAAUUCAUUGAGUGCUAAUCAAACAAAUGCAAAUGUUUAUAAUGCUGUUAUUCAACAGGCAGUAUCUGAAUCAUGUCCAGUACAAAUUUGUCCGACAAAUUUUGCAGCAGUUCGAGUUGUUCGAAUCAGUUGGAAAAAUCUUUAUUCCAGUCCAUCUGCCAUUAGCAGUCCUAUAAGCUUGUCAUUUUCCGCAUAUCUGAUAAACACUUAUGAAGUAGGUUUUUAUAGUUAUCCAAAUCUUCGAUCAUAUCUUGCAUUUGAUUAUACUAAUCUAUCAAGAAAUCUAGGUUAUCUUAAACCUUUUGUUGGUUAUCGUGGAAAAAGUUCUUUGAUUAAAAUUUUUAACGAUCCAUAUUUUUAUCAAAAUGCGUUAUUUCUAACACAAUCUUCACGAAAAACUUUUUAUGUUGGAGGACGUUCGUUAAGUGUAUGUGAAAUAUAUUAUUUACAAGAAACAAAUUCCAACAACUUAGAUCCUUCGAACAAUUUAAAUGAUGUUGUAAAUAAUCCACGAUUUCCAUGUCCAUGUUCAAUUGGUCAAGCAUUCGGCGAUAAUCGUUUUGCUCAAUUAUUUAGUGAAACUCCUUACGAAAGAUCACAAGGUCUUAUUUGUUUUGGACCACGAAUGACUAUUUGGGUUCCUUUUUGGACUUCUACUACAUUUUAUUGGAAACAACUUAGAUCACAAACAUGUUGUUAUAAUCAAUUUAAUGGAGGUUUAAUUACGUAUGGUGAUCUUGCUGGUUCAGUACUCUCCGAUCCAAAUAUACUUUUUCAACCAUAUCCUUGGCUAAAACGAAUUGCCUUCCACGAUCAAUGUUGUUUAUCAAGGAACAUUCGAGCAACUGAAAAUGAGAAUAACUGUCAUUUUUAUUAUCAACUUCAUCCAGCAAGUACUUGUACAGGAUAUCAAACACCUGCUAGGAUCUCUGGUAAUGGCGACCCGCAUAUCAAUACAAUUGAUAAUGGACGAUAUACAUGUCAUAUUCAAGGUAUUUAUGUAUUUGCUCGAACAAGUAAUAAUGCUAAUGCAACAGCUCAAUUUAAUCUUAAUAACAGUGGUGUAUUCGAUGAAAAUCUUAUCUAUCCUGAUGAUUUAUUUCAAAUAUCUGUUCGUUCUAUAUCUAUACCAGCAGCUUUACCUUAUAUACAAAUACAAGGUUCUGCUUCGCUAUUUUCUAGUUAUUCAGUUGUUGCUGGAAAUUAUACUUUUAAUAUUAGUAAUAAUAAUGGAAAAUUUGGUUUUGUUGCAAAUAAUGGUUCAUCUAGUUUAUCACUUACAGAAAGUUUAGCAGAUAAUUUAAAUUAUGAUAAUGCAAAUACGAUGAAUUAUAAUGAUCGAUAUUUUUAUCGAGUACAACAAACAGUUGUAUCUCUAGGAAGUAUAACCGUAGCUCAAUUAACAUUUGCUCUUUGGUCUGGUGUUACAAUGCAAUGUCAAAUUGUUAGUGAAAAUCUUGAUUGUAUUUUAUCAUUACCAAGAAAAUAUCGAACAUAUAUUGAAGGUUUAGUUGGUAAUUUUAAUGGAAAUUAUAGUGAUGAUUUAGUUAAUCGACAAACAAAUCAAACAGUUAUUAUAUCAUCUGCGACUAAUAGAACAGCAAUUAGUAAUGAUACAUCAGUUCUUCGAGCUUGUCUUUCAUGGAAAUUAUCUACUGAUACAACGCCGAAUAUGGCAAAUCCAAUUAUGCCUUCGUAUUUAGUUUAUACAUAUUAUAAUCAAUAUGCAAAUACACUUGCAAGUUUAAAUUCACUUCUUAAUCAAUCUGAAAUUGAUCGAACAUGUUCAACAAAUUUUGAAUGUCGUCAUGAUUAUAUAAUUCGAAUUAAUCCAAUAAGUAGUGGUAUAACAGCUUCAUCAUUAAAUUCAUUUCAACAAAUAGGAAUUAUAUUAGCUGAAAUAGUGCCGACUAUCAGUAUAUCUCCAACUAUUCAAAUAGGAAUACCAUAUAAUGAUUUAAAUCGUAUGUAUACAUUACCAAUUACUGUUGCUGAUGCAAAAAGUACACUUGUAACUAUUUCUCAAAAUGGUUCCAUGACCAAUAGUAGUUUUAAUGGUGCAUCUAUUAUGAUUCCAAUUCCGAAUAAUUCGACUAGUUUUGUUCAAGUUUUUUUGACUAUUAGUUAUGGCACAAAUUCCACAUUGAUACAGUAUUUGAAUAUCAUCGCUUGUUUAUGUGCGAAUACUAGUUAUUGUAAUUAUGGCGAGACAAGGAGAAUAAAUGAUAAUUAUGAACUUGCUGCAUGUCGUUGUCCCGAUCAAUAUGAGGGAGAUUUUUGUGAAAAUCCAUAUAAUGGUUGCAAUUCGGGUAGUGCAUGUAGAAUUAAUUGGAAUAAUGGAACAAUAUGUAAUCCAUUAAAUGCUACUGAUCAAGUAGCACAAAAUCGUUCGUAUACUUGCAAUGGUACAUGUCAAAAUGGAUAUAGCUCAACUAAUAAUUACACAUGUGAUGAUAUUGAUGAAUGCCAACGGAAUUCAUCUCGAUGUGGAAAUGGUGUAUGUAUUAAUCUUAUUGGAACAUUUACAUGUAAUUGUUCGAAUGGUUAUCGAUUUGAAAAUCAAACAUGUAUUGAUAUCAAUGAAUGCAGAGAACCGAAUGUAGAUGGUACUUUUGGUGUUCGUUGUAAUGUCACUGAUGCUUGUAUAAAUACAAACGGUAAUUAUACAUGUCAAUGUAGUCCUAUUUUUAAUACAACUGGAACUUGUCUUUUUAAUGAAACUCUUUGUAAUGGUGAUACUUGCCGUUUGAAUGGUAUGAUAUUAUGUCUACGUGGUACGAUCGAAGAAAAUAAUACUUGUGUUCCUUGGUGUAAUUCAACAUGUCCUGGUUUUUGUGAAAUGGUGAAUAAUAUUAGUUAUCAAUGUAAUUGUUCGAAAUUUCCUGGUUAUCGACAUUCUGAUGAUGGAAAACAAUGUUUACCAUGUUAUGAGUUAAAUUAUGGUUAUGGUUGUAAUCAAAUAUGUAAUUGUACAUAUGGUGAUUGCUAUCCAAAUGCAACAAGUCCAGCUGGAAGUUGUAUCUGUGAUGGAACACAUGAAGGAAUAUUUUGUGAUAGAAGUAUAGACAUGUGUGCACGUAACAAUAUAUGUAAUAAUGCUACAGAAGACUGUGUAACAGAUCCUUCAAGUGGAAAUGCUACGUGUAGUUGUAAGAAUGGUUAUCAGAGAAUUACGCCAAUGAGUAAUUGUACAGAUGUCAAUGAAUGUAUUGACCAACUAGAUUUUUGUGUUGACGAUAUUUCACGUUGUAAUAAUAUUAUUGGAAAUUAUACAUGUGAUUGUUUAGAUGGUUAUCAGUCUAUUGAUGGUUCAUGUUUCGAUAUAAAUGAAUGUAAUAUGACUCAGACAAUCUGUUCAAACUAUAGUAAUACAUAUUGUGCUAAUACUCCAGGUUCAUAUGAAUGUCGAUGUAGUUUUAAUUAUUCGUUAGGAGGUGAUUAUACUCAACAAUAUGGAAAUGCUCGAAAUUCAAACAGUUCAUGUUUAUUAACAAAUUAUUCAGCACUUUGUGCAAAUCAAUGUAUGGAACCUGCUAGUUGUAGUUCAAGAACAGGUCAAUGUGAAUGUCCAUCAUCGAACUAUAAUCUUGUUGUUUAUGCUUUGGAUAAUACUCAACAAACAUGUCAAUGUCCAGGUCAUCCAUUUGCUUAUUAUAAUGGAACUACAUGUAUUAAUGCAACUGGUCAAACUUGGUUAAUAAUAAAUUUAAUCUAUAAUCCAAGAAGUCGUACCGUAAUUAUCAGAGCACCAAAUUCAACUAGGAUAACAAAUAGAAUAGCCGACUUUUUAUUUAAUAUGAAUAUAACAUGUAAUGGAUCAUGUAUAACUAUAUAUGAUACACAGAGUCUUGUACCGCCAGAACUUCAAAUUAUGGUUACGAUAGACGCUCCAAUGAGUAUUUCACAACGAAUAGAGUUUGCAAAUAAAGUAUUCGAUGAAGAACGUAUCUAUGAUGAUGAUCACACAACACGUUUGAUACAAAUGAUUAUGGAUCCAUCAUCAAAUAGACUGUUUAAUAUCACAAGGCGUCUAGUACCUUGUGAUGAAUGUGAAUUUUCGGAUAGAGGUCGUUGUUAUUCAAAUAACAGCGGUUGUCAAUGUUAUACUGGUUUUGAAGGAGAUUUUUGCCGAAUUGUUUCUGCAACAACUGUUGCUCCAACACCAGUAUUAUCAGAUAGAAAUUGGACAAUUAUUAUUGCCGUUAUCAGUGCUGUAGCUGGUCUUCUAUUAAUAAUUUCUAUUGCUAUGUGUAUAUUUUUUAUCAUAAAACAAAGAAAUAUACCAUCUACAAAGCCAGAAUUACCAUCGACUCGUCAACAAUUUACAAUACCUCGUGCACAUAUUCCAACAAUGGGUACUGGUAACCGAGAUUUAAAUCGUUUAGAUGAUUUUAGUCUUGAUAAUACACAUGAUGAACCAUAUGUUGAUGCAUCAGAUUCAUUACCAUCAAGUACAAAUACAACAUAUAAUACAACAUAUCGUGCAACUGGAAAUCGUCCAGAAGCAGAUUUUGGUAUAUUUGAUGAAUUAGAAAAUCGUAUACCUUUAUCAAAAGGUCAAAUACCACGACCACAAAUGGCUAAUAUGAUGGGUACAUUAAAUAGUUUACCAGCUCAUGAACGAUUUGAUGGACCAUUAGGUGAAGCUAGUACAUUUUCGGAUAGUCGAGAACUUGAUGAUAUUGAAUUAGUUACUGAUAUGGUUGAUGAUAUGACUAAAGAUGAUGAUAUGGAAGAUGAAUUUGUUGAAGCAUUAAAUCCAAAUUUAGUAAUGCCAAGAUUAGCUCUACAACCAGAAAUGAAAUCAUCUGGAUGGUUUUCAUUCUUUCGACAUUCGUAA